AUGCUGGUCCUCAUCUUUGCACUGCUCUUUCAGCUCGCAGCUGCAUCCCUCACAAUCAACAUUCCCCCCUCCACAAACCUCCCAAAUCCACACGUCCUCCCCGCAACCACCCAUGCCACCCUCACCACCCUCCCCCAACAUGGCCGACAGGACCAUAUCCUAACCACCUCCCUCACCCGCUCCUCAACCCUAGUCUUCCGAAACAUCCCCUCCGGCGAACCCGAGUCCUAUCUCCUGGACAUCCGCUCGAGCGAGUUCGUCUUCGCCCCUUUCCGCGUCGACGUCGCCGCCGACGGCUCCAUCCUGGGUAUCUGGGAGACAUUCCGCGGUAAUCCGUGGGACAAUCGCGGUGCAGAGAAAUACGUCGUCGACGUUGCCAACAAGAAAACUACCAAUGUCGUCGUUGAGGCAAAGGUGCUGGGUCGAAAGGGAUUCUAUGAGGAGCGAGCCAAGUUCUCACCCCUCAGCCUCGUCAAGAACCCAAUGAUUCUCCUCGCCAUCGUCGCUCUCGUCUUUACCCUCGGCAUGCCGAAGCUCAUGGAGAACAUGGACCCCGAAAUGCGCGCUGAGUUCGAGGAACAACAGCGCUCUUCGCCUAUCUCCGGUGCUAGCAGCGCCAUGGCCGGCGGCGGCUUUGAUCUGGCUGGUUGGAUGGCCGGUGCCACACCUAAGCCCAGCCCCGCUGCUAAUGCAGAGGGCACUGGCAGCGGUGCUGGUGCGACGGGUCGAGACUCUGGAUCUGCGCGGCGACGUGCUUAG